UUUAAGCUAAACACGUCACACCUGGCUGUUUCACAAGUUCGAAAGUUACGGAUUUAUUUCUAACUUUUGUAAAGGUUUUGAACUUUUUUCCCUUCUGCCGAUCAACCCCUCGAGUUUGAUGGAGCAUGCGCAGAGCACCCUCCGCUGACAGGGAAAGCGUAUCCCAACAUUUUACUUUCAGUUGAGUUCUAGACCGCGGGACGUGAUCACUAUAUCCUAUUAUCCUGGAAAUACGUCAAAAGUUUUACGACAACUGUUUUCAUAUAUUUUCAAAAAUAGUGGCUUAAAGUGGCGUUAUAAAAUAAUUAUGUGAGUGGUGCAGGGUGCAGUUAAUGUGUCGGGGUCCUUAGAAUGUGAUCGCCUCAGAUAUGGGAGGAGACGUAAUUGCAAAUGUUAAUGGUUUCGGUUCAUUAAUUUAUAAAUGGAAGUGAAAUUAUGGACAUGUUUUCUUAUAAUUCACGUGCAUUUGGCUUCUUCAAUCAAGGAAGGAAGUGGAAACACAAAUCACAAACAACACGCAGAUGAUAAUGCAUCAGUAGAGAACCUGAAGAAGGACACUGAUUUUGAUAGUAAUUUAGGGACAUUAGAUUUUCUAACCAAAAAUAAGCAUCAUAAAGAGCACAAAGAUUAUUUCCUACCUCCAGUAUUUCCAAGUAAUGAGGAAGAUGAGGAUGAGGAGGAAGACGACGUACCCUACGACUAUGACUAUGAUAACAAAGAAUUAAACUACAAAGAUGACGCAGAAACGCAAACUACCAAAGUUGACCUGGGAAGUCCAGAUGUGUUAACCUUCGAUGAUAAAAUACCUAUACACACAGCCAAAGAUAACUUACCAUAUUUUCUACUCGAGCCUGAAAACACUUAUGUUGUCAAAAAUAAACCGGCAACUUUAAAAUGUAGAGCGGCAAAUACGUUAGAGGUUUACUUCAAAUGCAACGGUAUAAAGACUCAAGCUCUUAAUUUUGAGUUUGUGGACCCUCAUACCGGAGUGAGAAUCAUUGAAGGCGAAUAUAAUGUGACAAGGGAACAAGUGGAAGAGUACUUCGGUACAGACAAGUACCAAUGUUCUUGCUUUGCUUGGACCAGCAGAGGCCAUAUAAAGAGUCAACCUGCGUUUGUUGACCUAGCAUACAUAAAGAAGCAGUUCAUAUCGACACCUCAGUCGCAGCUGGUAAAGCAGUACACCCAGGCGUUACUCCGAUGCGAGCCGCCGCCCGCAGCACCCUUCGCCCAGCUCUACUGGCUGAAGAACGGCGCUCCCUUGACUCUGGAUGACAAUGUGCAGACGCCUAAGGAAGGGCACUUGCUCAUCAAACAGGCGUCUUUAUUAGAUAUGGCAAACUACACUUGCGUUGCUGAAAACCUGGCUGGUAAGAGGAUAUCGGAACCGGCGUUGCUGACUGUUUUUGUAAACGGAGGCUGGACACCCUGGUCAGCGUGGGGUGAGUGUUCUUGCGCCGGCCUGUCCCAAGGAGGCAGGCGAAGGGUGAGGACGUGCACCGCGCCACGGCCCCUGAACGGAGGCCAGCCGUGUCUCGGCCCGGCUAUACAGAAGACCGCUGACUGCCUUGACUGCGACCUGGAUGUCUACGUCGAUGGGUUGGAUGAAUUGGCCGAUGAGUCAUCGGAUAUUUUGCUAGGUCGUUGGUCCCAAUGGUCGGAAUGGUCUCGCUGCGACUCGGACUGCCUGCAGUCCAGACGCAGGAAGUGCGUCACCAGCUCGGCGUGCCUCGGCAAGGACUACCAGGUGGCGCAGUGCCCUCUCUGCGUCAGGACCUCCAAGUCGGAUAUGAUCAAUAAUGGAUCAUCGUACUGGCCACUUUUGAUUGCAUUGUCGUUUGCCGUUCUAAUAUUCAUUGUCGUUGCUGUUUUGGGAAUAAAGUAUUUGAAACUGAAAAUGGCUGAACCGUACGUGAAAUCUCAUCCAGGCUCAAACUAUUUCGGAAACGUGAUAAAAAGAACUCUGACGAACCAGCCAGACCUCACCAUACACGAAGAGUUCCAGACCAUGGACUCACGACGCACGAGACACUUGAGCAUGUCCACUCACCGGAACGAACACUUGUAUGAAGUGCCACAGCUUGCUAACAGUUACAUCUCGCCAAUAGACCAAGAGGUAAGAACUGAUCACCGGGCGGAGAGUGUGAGGACGUUCGCUUGCAAGGAUAACACCGAGUCAGACCGCUCUGACUCUAGCUGCUUUUUGAGCUCGGGUUCCUCAUAUGGCAACGAAAGUGUAGAGAUGUCGCCUUCCUUGAAGAACAACGUCUCUGUAAAUUCUAAAACGCUCGCACUCAACUCUAUAGAGACGUCAAUUUCCAAGAUAGUGACUUCGGAAGGCAACUGGUUGAAUUUACAGAAAUGUGGCGUCAGUCUUUUUAUACCGGAAGGAACAAUCGAUAAGGGAGAAGAGCUAUUCUCUAUUGAGGUCGCCGACGAGGAGUGGAAUAGACCGAUACUGCAAGAAGGAGAAAUACAACUGAGUCCGGUUAUCCGCUGCGGGCCGAAGAGCACUCACUUCCGGAAGUCCAUCAUCCUGUGUUUCCCCCACUAUGCGGCCUUGAGGAACGGCAGCUGGUUGCUUUCCAUCCUACAGAGACCUGACGACCACGCCAGGGAGUGGCGGAAAGUUCUAACCCUCGGCCAAGAAAGUCCCGGAGCUCCCGUGUUCGCGCAGGUUGAUCCCGGAAAAGUUUUCCUUGUCGGCGAGUUUCUAAGCGACUUUGUUCUAGUGGGACGAAGUUUCAGCGGUCUAGACGCCAAGUUGCUCAAGCUAGCUCUCUUCGUGACCAAACAAAUGGAGGACGACAACCAUUACACCUUAAAGAUCCAUGUCAUGGACGACACACCCUAUGUGUUUUAUGAUUGCGUAGAAACGGAGAGGAGGCUCGGCAGCACACUCCUCUGUGACCCGAAGACGAUUUAUUUUCAGGAAAACUGCUCUGAUUUGUGUUUCAAUAUCAGGGAAAUGGGAGUCGGCUGGAAAGUGAAAUCUGGGGGGAAAUAUCAAGAGCUGCCGUACAACCAAGUGUGGGGAGGAAACGUGAGGGACUUGAGCUGCGACUUCGUAAUACAACACACAGACGCAAUAAACUGUUUAGAGUUGAACUUGUCCGUGUAUCAGAAACAAAAGCAAGCGAAUUUUGUUAAUUUCAACUUUAAAACGAACGAUUUUAAUUCCAACUUCAGUUGCAAUGUGAAGCGAUUCAGUACGUGCAGUGCCGACGUAAACAAUGUCAAUAUAUUAGAGAAUCCGUUUCAUUACUCUUCGCUCUCUAGAAAGGAAGGUCGAUAUGAUUUUGUUUAUAAGAACAACAGUAAUUUAUUUAGAAGUAACUUUAGUGUAGACAAUAAUUACAGGUAUAAUGUUCUAACUAAGUCGGAUAGAGUGAUCCUGUGUAAGUUAUUGGAUGGCUCGUCUCCUAAAGGUAACGAUUGGAGGCUAUUAGCAGAGAAAUUGAAGGUAGAUUCAUAUUACUAUUACUUCUCGAAUACAUGUUCACCCACUGAGAACGUGUUGAAUCUGUGGAUGUGUCGGAACAAUGACUCCAACAUGCUGGUGAACCUGGCGAGAUUAUUCCGAGAAAUGUCAAGGAUCGAUUGUGCAACUGUAGUUGAGAGACGCUGUUUCCCGAAUUAAAUGUAUUUAAUAUGCUUUGUAAUAUGUAGCAAGAGUUCUAUGACGUUUGAUUGACAGAUGCUGGUUUAUGUCUGGUCAAUAAAUGUAUGGAUUUGACAGCUGUCAUAGGAUCUUGCUAUAUUUUACAAAGUACUUAUAGCCAUUAUUUACUUGCAAUGUUUAUAAAUUAGUACGUACUUAAGUAUCUUAGAAGUGCUUGAUAUUUUAAUAAAGAGUAUGUUUUAAAAACAAUAACUGUAUUGUAAAUAAAUAAAAUGGAUAGUGGAUUGUUUAAUGAACACGUAUUGAAGUAGUGAUUUCAUUUUCAAAUAAACUUUUUGACUAUUUUA